AUGGAACUGUAUAAGUACAACCGUAGAGGAAUGUGCAUCAAAAUGCACCGAUCAGCUGGUGAAGAGAACCCUAAGAUUUGGCCUGUUCACCUCGAUGUGUUGUUGAACAAACAAAUGGUUUUCCGAGUCAAAUAUCAAUCGAGUUUCGAGCAGUUCUCUAUCAUCGCAAUACUUAACGAGGACAACCUUUUCAACACUUUUGACAACCACCUCUGCCCUAAUAAGCUUACUUCAAAUGCUGUUGUUGUGGAUAAUGAAGCCAACACUCCAACUGAUCAUCCAAUCCAACCAAUUGUUACACAAUCUAAAGACUUAGAGCUAACUACACAACCAUCCUUGGAUGCAAACCGUUCAGGGAGCCCAACUGCGAGCUCUAGCUCCACUCCUGCCAAGCGGGUUGCUGCAUCAACCAAUGUUAAUGAACCCAUUCUGGCUGAAGAACCGACCCCUCAGCAAUCUGCUACGAAGGCCAAGGCUGGGAAGAAAAUUAAGCAUAUCAAGAAGGAAUCUACGGUUCAGAUUUUGGUUGUUGGAGUCUACCUUCAUUUAGGAUGCAAAAAGUACAAUAUCAAAUCAGACUUAAAUGCAAGGGGUGCAUAUGUUUGCAAAAUGGAACGUCUUGAGAACAUUGAUCUAGGGAAAAAAGUAAGAGCGCGAAGAUCGUUGGUUUUGAAAGAGAACCGUUCAAAGCGUCCGAAAUAUAGUCCUCACCAACCGAUAAAUAUGGAUACAAAUCCUGUGUCGCCUAUCUCAAUGACACCGAGACAACCAUUGGCCGAGCUGACUCCGUUUUCUUCUAGUGCAACCGUGUUUGACUUUGGAAGUUCAUCUAAUACACCAACAUUAGAAACUUAUUAUAUUGGGCCAGGAAGUAACAGUGACGCUAAUGUAAUAAAACAUCUUGACACAAUUGCACUUCAAAGGCAGCCUGCAAAAAGACCGGACUCUGCGGCAUCUCAAAUUGUAAGAGCAAAAGCGAACACGCCAGCACGAGCCAGGCCUAGUCAGCAGUUGGGGGUUCCGAAUAUAGCAAAUCACUUGAGCAGGAAUGUGCCUAUCCAAACAAAAUCGACUGGGACAGAUGCUCCUAAAAUUUUUUGUCCAAACAAUAACAAACCAGGUAGGGGUCGACCUAGGAAGCAAUUGGGAGUUCCCAACCUGGCUAUCAACUUGAGCAAAAAGAGCGACAGUCGACCGAGCAUUCUUACCUUGCAAUUUGAUCAAACCAAGAAACAACCUUACACAAAUAUUGCUACUUCUGUCUCACGAUCGACACAUAGUGCCAAUCAUAGACCGGAGCCGUCAUGUCCUAUUUUUACGCCAGCCAUCAAUUUGGAUUUUGAGAGCGACUCUGGAGAGGAUAGCGACUAUGACCCAUUCGCAACAUAUUUAUCCGAAGAUGACGAAUGGUCAGAAUCGGAAGAUGUUGCAGCACCAUUUACAAUUCACGACAACUAUAGCGGAACUUCCGAAGAUUAUUACGAUGUUAGUGACCCUCUAAUAGAAUGUCGGUAUUGUAAAGCAAUGAUGUGGUAUCAAGAAAGGAUGCACAAAAGUUCCCAUGCAGCCAAUCCGAAAUUUAUGCUUUGUUGUGGAAAUGGGAAAGUAGAACUUUCAUUGCUAGAACAGCCUCCAAAAGUACUUGCAAAACUGUUGUUUGAUAACGAUAACUUUGACAGCAGGAAGUUCCAACAUCAAAUCCGAGUUUACAAUAUGAUGUUUGCCCUCACAUCACCUGGAGCAAAGUUGGACAAUCAUUUUAACAAUGGACGCGGGCCUCCGACAAUAAGGAUACAAGGUCAAACAUGUCAUCAAAUUGGGAGUUUGUUACCUCCACAAGGUCAAAAACCGAAAUUUGCUCAACUGUAUAUUUAUGAUACGGGGAAUGAGGUCCAUCAUAGAAUACAAGGACUAAGUAACUCCAAACACAUUGAUGAAAUGGUUGUCCAACAGUUGUCUGAUAUGUUGUACGAAUGCAAUCCUCAUGCUAAGAGUUUUCAAAUGGCAAGGAAAUGGUUAGACAAUGGUGAAACUCAAAACCUUAAGCUGAGACUAAUUUCUAAUAGAUCCACAGAUGGGAGAGUAUAUAAUAAACCGACUGUUUCUGAAGUUGCUGCGUUGGUUGUCGGUGAUAUUGACACAUCAGAAAUGAGGGAUAUCAUAAUGAAAACAAAAGGAGGACAGCUUCAGAGAAUCAAUGAGCUUCAUGCAAGUUUCAUGGCUUUUCAAUAUCCUUUGAUUUUUCCUUACGGUGAAGACGGUUAUAGGCCUGAUGUAGCUCAUAGAGACUUGCCCAUCCAUGAAAACAGCAUACGAAAUAGGCUUACCAUUAGAGAAUGGCUUGCAUUUCGCAUUCAAACAAGGUUUACUGAGGCUAAGACUUUAUUAUCUUCUAGGAGGUUGUUCCAACAGUUUCGGUGCGAUGGUUACACAAUUUUAGAAUCCGAGAAGUUAGAAUGGCUUAGAAAAAAUCAACCAAAGCUUAGGGUCUCCAAGUACAAGUCUCUAAACGACGAAGAUGAUCAGAGUCAAGCUUCUGGGUCAAGCAUAGGCAAAAGCGUUGUUUUACCAUCCUCCUUUGUCGGCGGUCGUAGGUUUAUGGAUCAAUUGUACUAUGAUGGUAUGGCCAUUUGUAGUAAAGUUGGCUUUCUUGAUUUGUUCAUUAUAUUUACCUACAACCCAAAUUGGCCUGAGAUUCAAAGAGUACUUGGUCCUCUUCAUUUGAAACCACAAGAUAGGUCGGACAUCAUUUCAAGAAUAUUCAAAAUCAAGUUUGAUCAAUUGCUAACUGAUUUAACCAAGAAAGGUGUGCUAGGAAAAGUGCUUGCCUAUAUGUACACCAUUGAGUUUCAAAAGAGAGGAUUGCCGCAUGCCCAUAUUUUGAUCUUUUUGCAUCCUUCAAACAAAUAUCCAAGACCCGAAGACAUUGACAAGAUAAUUAGUGCUGAAGUGCCCGAUCCCUUAACACAUCCUCGGGUGUACAAUUUGGUCAAAUCUCAUAUGGUUCAUGGUCCUUGUGGUUUGGCAAAUAUUAAUUCACCUUGCAUGAAAGAUAGGAAAUGCUCCAAGUACUUCCCCAAAAAAUUUCAACCGACCACUAUAGUGGACCAAGAUGGAUAUCCUAUUUAUAGGAGAAGAAACAACGGUCACACGUUUGAAAAAAACGGGGUCAUCUUUCAUAGUGGUCAUGUUGUUCCUCACAAUCCAAGUUUAUUGUUGAAGUACGAAGCCCACAUCAACAUGGAAUGGUGCAAUCAAAGUACUUCUAUCAAGUAUCUUUUCAAAUACAUAAACAAAGGUUCUGAUCAAAUUUCAGCUGUCAUUCACGAUUCUAACAAAGACAACAUUGACGAGAUCAAGCAAUAUCUAGAUUGUAGAUACAUCUCCCCAAGCGAGGCAUGUUGGAUGAUAUUUUCAUAUUCUAUACACGGAAGAAAACAAGCCGUAGAGAAAUUGUACUUUCACAUGGAAUGUGAAAACACCGUUUACUACAAAGACUAUGAGCAAGUUGGUGAUGUUUUACUCAAACCAAGUGUAACCGAGUAA